AUGGUGGCUUCUCUCUACGAGGCCGUUUGGUCUACCUCUAGACAGACCCUACCUCCGACUGAUGCAACCAAGAUUUCAUGGCUAUGGAAGGUGGUAGCAGCCUUCUUUGCAGCUUUACAGCUAGUCGGGUACAUGAUGCUGGCUGUGAUAGUCGGCUCUCCUCCCCAUGAACUGCGAAUCAAUCCUGCAGUAUCUACGGUUACUGCGUUUGUGUUCGUUGGUGCGUCUUACGGCGUAUCAGCGCUGAUUAUCUUAACCCAGCGCCACCGAAUGAUGUUCCUCCUCCACUCAAUCUUUAUCCCAUACUCGACGAUGAAUAUGCUCGCACUCCUGAAUAUCCUGUUCCACAUCCACGGACGAAGCCUGCAGAUGGACACCUUGCAGAUCGUGAAUACCUGCCUACCCACUGCUUUCUCUGUAUGUUACGCUCUCGCUGGGAUCUUGAUAUAUCGAGAGCAUGGACGUCACCGAGUGGAGGAAGAUACGCUGCUGCUCACCGACGAAGAGAUGCAACGUCGCCAGUUGCUUCGAUUGCUGAGGGAGCAGACUUCUAGUGCGCCAUCACCUGAGCUUGUACGGAACACUUAUCGCUUCGAUUUACCUGAGCAUGAGACACCACCGAAUGACUGGACUCCUUUACAUGGUUGA